UAAAAGUUAGGCAAAUUUAGUCAAAGAUAAAAGCUCAUAUUCAAACAAGAUCAAUAAUAUAUUAGACCAUCAAACUGACCAAUUUAAUCAGACUAGACCAGUUUAGGAAGAAGAAAGAACGCCCGUCUAAAGAAAUGGAAGAAGUGAAGCUAUUAGGAGCUUGGCCUAGUGGGUUUUGUUACAGAAUCAUAUGGGCUCUAAAGCUAAAGGGAGUUGACUAUGAAUACGUAGAAGAGGAUCUUCAUAACAAGAGCAAUCUUCUGUUACAGUACAACCCAGUUCACAAGAAGAUCCCAGUACUCGUUCAUGGAGGAAAGCCCGUUGCUGAAUCCACUGUUAUUCUCGAGUACAUCGAGGAGGUUUGGCCACAAAAUCCCUUGCUCUCACACGACCCUUAUGAGAGAGCCAUGGCUCGGUUUUGGAUCAAAUUUGCAGAGGAUAAGGACCCAGCAUUUUUUGCGUUCUUUCAGACUGUGGGAGAAGAACGAGAAAAAGCAACAAAGGAAGCCAAACAAGUAUUGAAAAUAGUAGAAGAUAUGGGGCUUGGCGAUAGAAAAUUUUUUGGAGGUGAAGAAAUUGGAAUGGCAGACUUGGUGUUUGGAUGGAUAGCUGGUUGGCUUGAGCACAUGGAAGAAGCCGGUGGUGUAAAGCUGAUAGAAGACAACGAAUUUCCUCGCUUACAGGCAUGGAUCAAGAAUUUUAAAGAUUCCCCUGUAAUCCGAGACAACCUUCCUGAUCCUGAGAAAUUGUUGGCCUAUUUUAAAAGCCUAAGAGAGAGGUUUAUUGCAUUAGCAACAGCAUAAAAACACCUUUCAAACUGUUAUUCAGAAUAUGAAACAUAUAAUUCCUUAAUUCCAAAAAAGCAAAUAUUAGAAUUGAUGUCUAUUGAAUGAGAGAUCAACUAUGUACUUCUCUGUAUUCGGCUAAUAAUGAAAGCAAAUAUAAAGGACCCGAGAUUUCAUAAAACAGGUGAUCCUAACCAAUGAAAGCUUUACAUAUGUAAUUUUGUCUCUCAUUUUACUAUAUUAACAAUGGAAAAAAAAAAUUUCCCUUUCUUUUUCUCUAACUCUUCCACGAAUCACUUAUAUUCUGCCAACAAAAGUUCAUAAGUAAUUUUCUACCCAUUCUUCAGAACUAAUUGCUUAGUACAGUCCAAGUAACAGUAAAGAGAGAAGUUGAUGAUGAACUCACUUUUCCAAUAUGCAAUUCCACUGCUUGAAUGUCCUAAUCGUCCAGGUUUAGUCAUCCAACAAAUAAAUAAUACAUAUAGGCUGUUGUAUAAGAAGUCAGAUCAUAGACACAGCUAAUUAGUUAAAUAUCCUAGUUUAAGGUUCGCAAAUUCCCUGCAAAUUUCAGGGGAGAGUAGGAGUUUCAGUAAAGCAUACUUUAAACUAUGUCAUAUUGAUAAAGCCAGGACAAGGGCCGAGGCUAGCCGCAUGAAAAAUUUCUCAUUAAACUAAGAUACCACUGCUGCACCUGUUUAGCUUAAUAAAUCCUUUAUUAGUACUACAUUUGGAUGUUUUAAAGAAAAAUGAAUUAGCAAAUAAGGUUCACAGUAUAUUCACUCCAUAAAGCAUGAUACUCGUACAGAUGCAUAUUUUGCAAUGAAACCAAAGGUUGCAAGGGACUGAUCCUUUAUGUGAUACUAAAACUAACUUCUUGUAUUCUUAGCACUGGCUUCUGACAUCAGGGGUACAAGUUCUCCUUUCCGGUAUAGCUUCAAAGUAUC